AUGUCACCACACGCUGCUCGCGGGCCGUCGCAUAAUGGCGUCCUCCAUGAAUAUGCUCCCAGACUUGUGGCCUUCGAGUUCACCCCACCAGUAGAGGGGAUUAACAAAACAAACAGCCUUAUCUUCGUAGGCGGGCUGACAGAUGGAUUCUGUACUGUUCCCUAUGUGUCCAAGCUAGCGGAAGCUCUGGAAAACACCGAAUGGUCGGUCUUUUCUGUCCUACUCUCUUCCUCCUAUGCCGGAUGGGGAGUCGGAAGUCUUGAUCGCGAUGUAGAAGAACUUGGCCAAUGUGUGCGUUUCAUUCGCGAUCUGAAGGCGUCACGCCAACCCGGUGCACUGUCAAAAGCCGCAAAGAUUGUGAUCAUGGGCCAUUCGACGGGAAGUCAGGAUGUGCUCCACUACCUUUAUUCGCCGAACCCCGUGCCGCAGAAGGAGUUUGAUCUUGGCCUUCAGCACAUAGUCCGCCCUGAGCUCGAUGGUGCUAUUCUCCAAGCGCCCGCCUCCGAUAGAGAGGGUCUGCAGUCUAUUAUCAAUUCCUCUGAGACUCCAGACGAGCUUAGAAAGGUCUACGAUCAACUUGUGGGCUUUGCCAAUGAGCAAACAUACACACCAGACAAAAAGGACACAAUUCUCCCAAUGAACCUGACUGCGAAGCUUUCUUAUCCGCCCGACACGCCUCUCAGUGCCCGGAGGUUCUUGAGUCUGGUCAGCCCUAAGAGCCCGGACGACCCAUCUGAUGACGAUCUCUUCAGCUCCGAUUUGAGUGAUGAGCGUUUGCAAAAGACCUUUGGGAUGGUGGGUACCCAGGGCAUGAUCAAAUCAAAGCUAUUGUGCUUAUAUUCGGGCGAAGAUGAGUAUUGCCCGCAUUGGGUGGACAAGGAAAAGCUGCUGCAGAGAUGGCAGCAGGCCAUCGAUGCGGGAGGCGCCCAGUGGGAUGCGGAGAACAGCGGAGUUAUUCCUGGAGCUAGCCACAAUGUUCAUGGCGAAGGUCAGCAGGACCUCAUUGAUCGAGUUCUACGAUACCUCCAGACCCUCUGA